GUUAUAACAGUCGAGCGGUAUUCAAAUCUUUUCGUUACUCAGAGACUUCCGAAAACAUCUUGGUAUGGAUUUCUUCAAACGUUCCAAGUUUGAGAAGCUGAUCGAAAAAGCGACUAGUGAAAUGUUGAUUGAUUCAGAUAUUGAGAGCACCAUUACCAUCUGCGAUAACGUGCGUAGUCAAGAGAUUUCGCCUAAAUAUGCGGUUCAAUGUUUGAAAAAACGUCUUCAGUGUGACAACCCGAACGUUGUUCUACAUUCACUCGAUGUACUGGAGUCAUUAAUGAAGAACUGUGGUGAACCCAUUCACGAAGAAGUUAGCAGCACUGAUUUUAUGCAACAGCUUGUUGAAAUGGUCGAUACCUCCCCAGAUGUUCGCGCAAAACUUUUAGAGUGUCUUCAAAACUGGGCUUAUGUUUUCCGCGAUAAGCCUGGCUACGGUGCUGUAACAAAUGCUUACGAAAGUCUUAAGAACUCUGGCUACAUUUUUCCAGAGUUUUCAGAGAGUGCUGCAAUGUUCAGUGUAGUUUGUGCUCCUAGUUGGAAAGAAGGUAAUGCAUGUCAUCGAUGCAAGUCUGCAUUCACUACAUUCAGGCGUAAACAUCAUUGCCGUAAGUGUGGUCAGGUGUUUUGUGGAGAGUGUACCUCAUCGCGCACCGUUUUACCUGAAUUUGGCAUCGAGAAGGAAGUUCGUGUUUGUGAUUUGUGCUUUGAAACAAUUCACAGACCGUCUUCUGUUUCAAAUAACUCUGAAGAUAGAAGGUCUGUUGAGAAGGAGAAUCAGCUUCGACGUGAAAAAGAUCGACAACUGGAACAGCAGGAAAACGAGGAUCUCGAAUUGGCUUUAGCUUUAAGCGCUAGUGAAGCAGAAUCGAACCAGAGAAAUAAUCAAAUAAAGACUACUACCACUGCCAAUAAAUCUUCAACAUCACCAGCAGUUGCUCAUCUUCUCCCAGUUCUCGAUACAAGCGAAAUGGACCCUGAGUUAGCACAAUAUUUAUCUAAACAUUACCAGAGAGCUCAACCGUUACCUACUCAGGAUAAUAUAUAUCAAGGAAAUUCUCAGGAACAUAUGCUACAACAGUCUACCACUCAACCUAGCGCACCUAUAUAUGCUUCUAGCACACCAUCCGAUCAUGGUACGAUAUCUAUGAAUACCCUCAAAUCUGGAGUGAAUGGUGAUUAUAUUGAGCCGGGAAAAAGUCGAUCCAGUUCAACAAAUUCAGCUAAUCCAAACAGUAAGAUGGGCAUCAACAUAUCACCAAUCCCAGACUUGACUAAUCCUAAACAAGAGGAGUUCCUUGAUGCUUUACGUGGUAGUAUAGAGUUUUUCGUGAAUCGUUUACAGAGCAAUAAUCAAAGAGGGCGUAACAUUUCAAAUGAUACAACGGUCCAAGCAUUGUUUUUGACAUUAAAUGAAAUGCAUCCCCAAUUAAUGAACUAUAAACACUAUAUGGAGGAACGCCGAGCUUAUUUUGAGAAAAUGCAAGAUAAACUAAACCAGAUUCGUGAAGCUCGCGAGGCUUUGGAUGCGUUGAGACAUGAUCAUGCUGUUCGCAAACAAAUGGAAGAGCAAGAAGCAGCUCGCAUGCGUCAGCAACAGAUAAUGCAGAAAUUGGAAGCUAUGCGACAACAGAAAAGAGACACUUUGGAGUACAAACUUCGUAUGACACUAAAACAAAAUAUGCAGUACCAACAAGAAUUUGCAAUGCCACAGCAAUCUUUGCCGUACAAUGCCCAAUCAUUUCCUAGCGUACCAACCGCUGUACCUGGAGAGAAUUAUCCAACCAACUACGCUUUACCUUAUUUAUCUGGAAUAAAUUACGCAUCAUUUCCACCUGUCCAAACCAAUUAUGUACCAAGAGAAAAUACGGUUUAUACCACACAGUUCACAGAUCCGAAUUCACUAGUGCCUACUCAAAUCGGUAGUAGUGGACCUGGUAAUAAUAUGACUUUUACACCACAGUUUCAUCCUUCAUAUGCUUCCAAUCUGGUUGGCCAUAACAUUCAGCCUCAUCGUUCGUUUUCUCAGGAAAUCCAAAACCCUGUUCCAUCUGGCUCAUUUUCGAUGCAAAGUAUGCAAGCAUCUUUGCCGACCUAUACAGAACAGGAUGAUUCAAAAGGUUAUCCUGUAAACCAAACUUAUCCAUCUGGCCACUUUGUAACGGACAAAAGCAAUACACCCAGCUACACACAAGUAAUGAACCGCUCAAGCGAUGCACUUAACAACCAUACUGAGCCGGCUGCUGCAGAGGCACAGUUGAUAUCUUUCGAUUAGACAGUCUGAAGUUGUUUUUUCUAAUCUAUGAAGUUAAUUAUUACUUGUGAUAUUUCCCUUGCAAUUGCAUACUGUUGACAUUAGCUAGCCAUUCCUAAUCUGAUGCUUAUGUAUGUAUCAUAUUCUGCAAACAAAAAAACGCUACUUUAUUUUCAAUUGCUAACCUUUGUAACUGCUUGAUUGAAUAUGCUGUUAUUUCACUAUUACGUCAUUAUUUUGAGAUAUAUCAGCCGGAAGUGGAUUAUGGCACUACAUAUUAAUUGAAGGCUAUAAUAGAAAAUACUGAUAUGUAUGUCUAAAAUAUUCAUGUUGCGAACGGUAAGUAUUUGAUUUCUUCAAAAACCGAAGUAACAAGAGAUGUUCAUAAUAACACUGAAAUGGUUUAAUAUAUUCAAUCUGCCAUUCCUCUUAGUUAAAC